AUGUUGUUCAGAGCUUUUUUCAUAAAGACGCUGCUUACAACGUUGGCUUUAGUACUUUCUCUCGCAUAUGCCUCGACUGUCGGCACCGUUACAACAUCAGAUGGGGUCAAGUUAGCAUAUAUUCAGGCUGGACCCGCUGCCGGCCAAAAGCUUCUUUUCAUUCCGGGUUGGAGGCAGACUGCCGCAGAAUGGAGGAAACAAAUCGAAUACUUCUCAGGAGCAGGCUAUCAGGUGACAGCGUACGACCAUCGCGGACACGGAGACUCCGAAAAGCCCAGCUUUGGCUAUCGACUGUCCCGACUCGGCGCUGACCUCAACGAUGUGAUCAACACGCUCGGUCUGUCCAAUGUGAGCAUCAUCGGACAUUCAAUGGGCUCCUCAGUGACUUGGGCUCUGUGGGAUCAGUACCCAGAACAGCAUUCUCGUAUUCACAAAUUCGUCAUCGUCGACCAGUCCUCUGUCCUCGUACAAGAUCCAACUUGGACGCAAGCUCAACGCGAUACGUGGUCCGCUGCGCUUUUCACGCCUGCUCAGACAUACACAUUCAGCGCUAAUUUGUCGAAUGAACUGGUACCAUUCGUUACAAGCAUGUUCACGAAAGAAAUCUCAGCUGAAGACCUAGACUGGGCGAUUGCGCAGAAUCUGAAAAUGAGCGAUGAGAAUGCUGCGACGUUGCUGAUUAAUCAUGCUUUCAUGGAUUGGCGGGAUGUUCUUCCGAGAAUUGACGUGCCGACUUUGGUGCUUUCGGGAGAUGCGAGUUUGAAUAAUGCUACGGGGAUCAAUUGGGCUGCUACACAGAUCCCAGGAGCCAGGUCUUAUACGUUCACGAAGGAGGAGCGAGGAAGUCAUUUUGUGUUUUGGGAGAGUCCUGAGCGUUUUAAUCAGGUUGUUCGGGAUUUUGUUACUCCUACAGGAUGA